AUGGCACCAUCCACAACUGUUCAUGAAAAUGGAAGAAAUGGCAUCAAGAAACCUAGGUCACAGAGAUACAAAUCUCUGAAAGGGAUUGGCCCCAAGUUUCUGAGAAAUAUGUGCUUUGCCAAGAAACACAACAAGAAGGGGCUGAAGAAGAUGCAGGCCAACAAUGCCAUAGCCAUCAAGGUCCAAGCAGAAGCCAUCAAGGCCCUGAGCACCAAGGCCUCCAAGGCCAAGCUGCUCAGGCCCAAGAUCCCCAAGGCCAGUGUGUGGCAUGCUGGCCAUAAGAUGGCUGGCAAGCGUCUAGGCCCUAGGGUCAGCAUCAAAUAUCCAGGCUCCAGGAUCACAAAGCCUGAUUCUAAGGUUGCCAGAACACCUGACUCCAAGGCUGCCAAGUCUGCCGCCAAGGUCAGUAAGUCUGAUCCCAAGGCUACCAAAUCUGGCCCCAAGGCCACCAAAUCUGACACUAAGGCCUCCAAGUCUCAUCCCAAGGCUGCCAAGUCUGGUGCCAAGGUAGCCAAGUCUGAUUCUAAGGCCACAAAGCACAGUGAUUCCAAGGCUGCUAAGCCUACUGACUGUUAA